UUUAGUAGUUUUCCAACACUGAAACCGUCCUUGCGAUCCGUUUCGCGUUUUCGUCGAGUUACUAGUAAACAAGAUGUCCAAUGUCGGAAAAAUAAAGAUAAAAACAUUCGCAGAACUGCAGGCUACCACGGGCAUAAAUGUGGAGCCCGAACCUACGCCAAUCAGAGAAGUCAGAACGCCAGAAAAAAAAAGAGCGGGAAAAACUCGUGCGGCUACCACAACAAAGAAAUUCCAGUCUAAAUCGGAGAUAAACAAUGCCGAAAUCAUACCCAGCACUGUGGCUAAGCGUUCCAGCAAGAAGACGCCGCUGCAAGGGCAAAUGCGAAUCGAUUCAUUCUUCAAAAGCGCCGCCAAGAGCUACAAAGUCAACAUGGUGCCAGUGCCCCAGUCAUCCGCUAAGGCUGUGAAUCCCCCAGUGGCCAAGGGAAAGGGAAACUCUAGGGGACGCAAACGGCUGUUUGACGAGUCCACCACCGCAUCCACAACGUCCACGGAUACUCUAAAUUUAAAGCCGCCCGAGAAGAGAGUACAACCUGGUCGCUUAGUGAAGGGCAAGGAGAACACAAGCCUCCCUGAAGCGGAUGUGAUUGACCUAUGCUCCGAGGACGAGGGCGAUCGGACCAUCAUGGAGAAGUCCCUAGCGACCACCUACCAUAGUUCAACAGGGAAUUCUAUACCAGCAGCGAGGCUCAGAAGUUCUAAGUGCUCCCCGAGCAGUCCAGUUACACUGAAAACUUCCCCUCGGUCCAUAAGACCCUCAGCGGCAUCCUCUCUAAAGCGAUCAAUGGGUACAAUCCCAAAAGAAAGCCCCCAGGUCCAAAAUUCAAACAGAGGUACUGGACGAAAAAAAAAGACUCCAAAGCCGUGCCCGCCUUAUAAAGUCGUAGAGGGAACAUCUUUCUGUGUCGACGGCUUUCAGUUUGGCGAUAUAAAUGGAGUCACACAUUACUUCCUAACCCACUACCAUGCAGAUCACUACAUAGGCCUGAACAAAAAGUUCUGCUACUCCCUAUUCAUGAGUCCCAUUACUGCGCGCUUGGUGCGAACCUUUAUCAAGGUCGACGAGGUGUGCAUCAACGAGAUUGAAGUGGACCAGACUCUAAUGGUGGAUGACGUUCAAGUGACCGCCUUGGAAGCAAAUCACUGUCCCGGGGCACUAAUGUUUUAUUUUCAAUUGAGCUCUGGCAAAAGCAUUCUGCACACUGGAGACUUUCGAGCCUGCGCCGAAAUGGAAUCCCUGCCGAUCUUCUGGAACCACACAAACCUCGAUCUGCUCUACCUGGACACGACCUACAUGAACAAGAACUACGACUUUUGCCACCAAACCGAGAGCGUCGAUCGAGCGGUAGAGUUAGUGCGGGCCUUCAUUGAGAGAAAUCCGGCCAAGCGAAUCCUCAUCGUCUGCGGCUCUUAUGUGAUAGGAAAGGAGAAAAUCUGGCUGGCCCUGGCGAAAGAGUUCACACUGAAAGUCUGGACGGAGACAACUCGCAGCACGGCAGUCAAAUGCCUCAACUGGCCAGAUUUGGAAUUCGUGUUAACAGACGAUCCCCGCGCAGCAAACUUGCACGUUCUUAGUAUGGGAAAAAUCAGCUAUCCGAGUCUGGUUGAAUAUUUCAGUCUAUUCGAGGACCAAUACGAUAUGUUGUUGGGCAUAAGACCCAGUGGAUGGGAAAAAAAUAGCAAGCCCUCAUAUGGAAAGCGAAUCAGCACGAUUGGCAUUGAGUACUCGGAACACUCCAGCUACAAAGAGUUGGAGCGUUUCGUUCGCUUCCUUAAGCCCAAGAGAGUCAUAAGCACAGUUCCCGUGGGUCGAGAUCUCUUUGUCACUGGAGAUGUACCUACCCAGUGGUACAAGUACGAAGGACGGGCCUCUAUGCUGAGUACAGGGUAUCAGCCAUCGAUUUCCUCUUUUCUAGCCACGCCAAAAUUUAUUUUUCCAAAAAUGAGCUUAGAGAGUUCAAUGUCUUUAAGUCCUGAGGAUGAGAAUGCUUCUCAUGGGAACGGGGAUGGAGAGGAUGACUGGCAAACGGCCGUGCCAGCGGACCAUAUAACUAUUUUAUCCAGCACCACAGAAAAGGAUAUUAAUCAAGAUUCUGAAAUAGUCAUUAAAAACGAACCCCUGGGACCAGAAACCUGCCCAGAAUCUGAAAUAAUCAUUGCAAACGAACCCUUAGAACCAGAAAUGUCUUAUGAUAUUGAAAUAGAAAUUAAAAACGAAGCCUUGCCACCAGACACGUGCCCUGUUGCCGAGCCGGUUGCUAUACCCACGGAACAUAAUGAAUCCCAUGAUAGUCCUGGGAAAUCAAAGGAUUCUGGAGGCCCUUGUACCAUCGAUGGCCAGGAGAUCGGCGAGCAAAUUAAAAAUAAUGGCAGCCCAUGUAGGGUUGUCUUGGUUAGUAGACUGACGUCCGAUGCCUCCGAUGAUUGGCUCUUUUAAGGAUUCCAUUAAUGCUCAACCGUUGAAUGUUAAAUGUUAAGAGUUCAUAAGGAUAAUGUGUAGAUGCUAAAUGCCUUAAGUUAUUUUGUUAUUAAGUAAUAAGCUCAGGGAUUUAUAUGUUCCAUAACGAUCUGUUCAAAGGUUAUAAUAAUAAUAAUGUUUUGAUGUUAAUAUAAGGCUUGCCUUUAACAUAUAAACAAUUUUUUAUAUACUAUAUAUAUAUAUGUAUUUUUGCUUGAUUUAUAUACUUUCACAUUACUAAGAUACCUUUCUUCAUAAACUCCAACUAGUUUGGGGCAGGAUGCUCCGUACAUUAUAAAUAAAUUAAAUGACAGUUUUUAAAAGGAAACCAUUAAAUAUAUGUUAAUGUAAACAACAAUAGGCAUCCAUACAUGAGUAAGUUUAAC